AUGAACAACAACAGCUUUGUAGUAAACUCAAGCAAUCCUGAGGAACAAUUUGAAAUGGGAAUUGCAUUGAUGAAUAAAGCGUGGAAGGCAAAAGAAACGCAAAUGAUGGAUGAAAUUGAAAACUUGAAAAGAAUGCUCCAGAAGAAGCAUGAGGAGAUUCAACAACAAGCACAACAAUACAGCAAACUUCAUUUUGAGUUUCAAUCCCAAACCACUGCAAUGAAAACUCUUCAGGAAAUGAAUCAAGAUUUACAGCUCGAGAGAGAUCGUCUAUCUCAACAAGUAAAGUCCCUUUCAGGUGAAGUGGCUAAACUUAAACAAUUCAAGAAGACCAUCAUCCAGUCCAUCAAUUUUGAUGAUAAUGAUGAUACCCAUAUGGGAAACACGAGUCAGUUCAUUACACCCUCCAACAGCAACAAUCCAGGAACGAACACCAGUGUGUCUUCCUAUUCCGAAGCAAGAUCUUUACCAACAACAGCAUCCUCCCAAAUGUUGAACGCUCCUCAAAUUGAAGGAAAAGAAUUCUUCAGACAUGCUAAGGACGUCCUCUCUGCAAGACAAUUCUCAGAGUUUUUGCAACAAAUCAAGCUCCUCAAUAAUCAACAGCAAAGCCCUCAGCAAACACUUCAAAAUGUGAACGAAAUAUUCAAUGGAGAGCAUCCCCAACUACUCGAAGGAUUUAAACGAAUCCUUACUCAACGACAGCAAGCUGCUGCCCAAGCAACCACCUCAACGUCCGAAAAUUUGUAA